GCUCAACAAUUAAACGAUAUUUUUUCAUGGUAUUGCGCAUCGUUGUGACAGAUUGCUUGUGAAAAAAUUGAAUUUUCUUUAGUUUUCCUCACGAAAUAAUUACUUUUGUGAGUGAAAAUGUCGUCCGGGGACUCCAAGGCACCGGUACGGAUUGUGAAGCGGGUGCAAUUCGGCAUCCUGGCGCCAGAUGAGAUUCGCCGGAUGUCCUGCACCGAGGGCGGGGUACAAUUCCCCGAAACCAUGGAGGGUGGUAGACCAAAAUUGGGUGGAUUAAUGGACCCUCGGCAGGGAGUGAUUGAUAGAACGUCACGAUGCCAGACUUGUGCUGGAAAUAUGACAGAGUGUCCGGGACAUUUUGGGCACAUAGAUCUGUGUAAGCCAGUCUUUCACAUUGGUUUCUUCACGAAAACCAUGAAGAUUCUCCGCUGCGUUUGUUUCUACUGCUCCAAAUUGUUGGUGAGUCCAAAUAAUCCCAAGAUCAAGGAGAUUGUUAUGAAAUCCAAGGGACAACCCCGGAAGCGUCUUGCUUAUGUGUAUGAGUUGUGUCGGGGUAAGACUAUCUGCGAGGGUGGUGAAGAUAUGGAUCUUGGGAAGGAGAAUUUGCAGUCAGAUGCAAACAAAAAGACCGGCCACGGGGGCUGUGGACACUACCAGCCGGCCAUAAAGAAGACAGGGCUUGAGUUGAUUGCCGAAUGGAAGCACGUGAAUGAGGAUUCACAAGAGAAGAAGAUAUCGGUGUCAGCAGAGCGUGUAUGGGAGAUUCUCAAGCAUAUCACCGAUGAAGAGUGUUUCAUCUUGGGCAUGGAUCCCAAGUAUGCUCGUCCAGAUUGGAUGAUUGUCACGGUUUUGCCGGUUCCACCACUUUCAGUACGACCAGCUGUUGUGAUGUUUGGUGCUGCAAAGAAUCAAGAUGAUCUAACGCACAAACUGGCGGAUGUCAUCAAAGCUAACAACGAACUGAAGAAGAACGAAUCAUCCGGAGCUGCUGCUCAUGUAAUUGCUGAAAAUAUCAAAAUGCUCCAAUUUCACGUUGCUACAUUUGUGGACAAUGAAAUACCCGGAAUGCCGCGUGCCAUGCAAAAGUCCGGGAAACCCUUGAAAGCCAUCAAGGCACGUCUCAAGGGGAAAGAGGGGAGAAUUCGUGGAAAUCUCAUGGGAAAACGUGUUGAUUUUUCCGCUCGGACAGUCAUUACGCCCGAUCCUAAUUUGCGAAUUGACCAAGUUGGUGUUCCACGAUCUAUUGCUCAGAAUUUGACCUUCCCCGAACUCGUGACACCCUUUAACAUUGACAGAAUGCAAGAACUUGUACGCAGAGGGAAUUCCCAAUAUCCCGGCGCUAAAUACAUCGUUCGGGACAAUGGGGAGAGAAUUGAUUUGCGCUUCCAUCCCAAACCGAGCGAUUUGCACCUUCAGUGCGGUUACAAAGUUGAGAGACAUCUCAGGGAUGAUGAUUUGGUGAUCUUCAAUCGUCAACCGACGCUGCAUAAGAUGAGUAUGAUGGGACACAGAGUUAAGGUGCUUCCAUGGUCUACGUUCCGUAUGAACCUCAGCUGCACAUCUCCCUACAAUGCUGAUUUUGACGGUGAUGAAAUGAAUCUCCACGUACCGCAAUCCAUGGAAACCAGAGCUGAGGUGGAGAAUAUUCACAUUACGCCUCGGCAGAUAAUCACUCCGCAGGCUAAUAAGCCCGUCAUGGGUAUUGUGCAGGACACCCUGACAGCCGUGAGAAAGAUGACAAAGCGAGAUGUAUUCAUUGAAAAGGAACAAAUGAUGAACCUCCUGAUGUGGCUCCCCACGUGGGAUGGAAAAAUGCCCCAACCGUGCAUUUUGAAGCCUAAACCUCUGUGGUCAGGAAAGCAACUCUUCUCAUUGAUUAUUCCUGGAAAUGUGAACAUGAUUCGCACGCAUUCAACGCAUCCAGACGAGGAGGAUGAUGGUCCGUACAAAUGGAUCUCGCCUGGAGACACAAAAGUCAUGGUAGAACAUGGUGAUCUCAUAAUGGGGAUUCUCUGUAAGAAAACACUGGGAACAUCAGCAGGUUCCUUACUGCAUAUUUGCUUCUUGGAGUUGGGACAUGAAAUUGCAGGAAGAUUCUACGGGAACAUCCAGACAGUGGUGAAUAAUUGGCUGCUCUUGGAGGGUCAUAGUAUCGGUAUUGGUGACACAAUUGCUGAUCCGCAGACAUAUCAGGAAAUCCAAAGGGCCAUUCGGAAGGCUAAGGAAGAUGUGAUUGGUGUCAUUCAGAAGGCACACAAUAUGGAAUUGGAGCCAACACCCGGUAAUACACUGAGGCAAACGUUUGAGAAUCAAGUGAAUCGCAUUCUAAAUGAUGCUCGUGACAAAACCGGUGGAUCAGCCAAGAAAUCCCUCACGGAGUACAACAACUUGAAGGCUAUGGUGGUUUCUGGAUCUAAGGGGUCAAACAUUAAUAUUUCCCAAGUUAUCGCUUGUGUGGGUCAACAAAACGUUGAGGGUAAACGAAUCCCCUUUGGCUUCCGUAAGCGUACCCUACCGCAUUUCAUUAAAGACGACUACGGUCCGGAAUCUCGUGGUUUCGUUGAGAAUUCCUACCUUGCUGGUCUCACACCGUCUGAAUUCUAUUUCCACGCCAUGGGAGGUCGUGAGGGUUUGAUUGAUACUGCCGUAAAAACAGCCGAAACUGGCUAUAUCCAACGUCGUCUCAUAAAGGCUAUGGAGUCCGUGAUGGUGCACUAUGAUGGCACAGUGAGAAAUUCCGUUGGGCAGCUCAUUCAGUUGCGUUACGGCGAGGAUGGGCUCUGCGGGGAGACUGUUGAAUUCCAAAAUUUGCCAACGGUUAAGCUGUCAAAUAAGGCCUUCGAGAAGCGCUUCAAAUUUGAUCCGUCAAAUGAGAGGUACUUGCGUAAGAUUUUCAAUGAGAACGUCAUCAAGGAGCUCACGGAGUCUGGAUUCGUUAUACAAGAACUCGAAUCUGAGUGGGAUCAAUUGAGUCGCGAUCGGGAAAUGCUUCGUCAGAUCUUCCCGAGUGGCGAGAGCAAGGUUGUCCUGCCGUGCAAUCUUCAGCGUAUGAUCUGGAAUGUCCAGAAGAUCUUUCACAUAAAUAAGCGUGUCCCAACGGAUCUGAGUCCACUGAAAGUGAUGCAAGGUGUGAAGGAUUUGCUGCAAAAGUGCAUAAUUGUAGCUGGGAAUGAUAAGAUUUCCAAGCAGGCAAAUGAGAAUGCAACACUCCUCUUUCAAUGUCUCGUACGAUCGACAUUGUGCACAAAGUACGUGGCUGAGGAGUUUCGACUUACAAGUGAGGCAUUUGAUUGGUUGAUUGGUGAAAUUGAGACACGUUUCCAGCAGGCUCAGGUGAGCCCUGGUGAAAUGGUGGGUGCCCUAGCUGCACAAUCUUUGGGAGAACCAGCCACACAAAUGACCCUCAAUACGUUCCAUUUUGCUGGUGUGUCCUCGAAGAACGUAACACUCGGUGUGCCGCGUCUCAAGGAGAUUAUCAACAUCUCAAAACGCCCAAAGGCACCGUCAUUGACGGUUUUCCUCACUGGCGGAGCGGCACGUGAUGCGGAGAAAGCUAAGAAUGUUCUGUGCCGUCUUGAGCAUACAACCCUGCGGAAGGUUACUGCAAACACCGCCAUCUACUAUGAUCCCGAUCCACAGAGGACAGUCAUUGCGGAAGAUCAGGAAUUCGUGAAUGUCUACUACGAGAUGCCCGACUUUGAUCCAACGCGCAUCUCUCCGUGGCUUCUUCGUAUUGAAUUGGACAGGAAGCGUAUGACGGAUAAGAAACUCACAAUGGAGCAAAUUGCUGAGAAGAUUAAUGCCGGCUUUGGGGAUGAUCUCAAUUGCAUCUUCAAUGAUGACAAUGCAGAUAAGCUCGUGCUGCGAAUUCGUAUUAUGAAUAGCGAUGACAACAAAUUCCAAGACAAUGAGGAGGAUACAGUGGAUAAGAUGGAGGAUGAUAUGUUCCUACGGUGCAUUGAGGCAAAUAUGUUGUCAGAUAUGACGCUACAGGGUAUUGAGGCCAUUGGAAAAGUGUACAUGCAUCUACCGCAGACGGACAGCAAGAAGAGGAUCACAAUUACAGACACGGGAGAAUUCAAGGCGAUCGGAGAGUGGCUACUUGAGACAGAUGGUACAUCCAUGAUGAAAGUACUCAGUGAGAGGGAUGUUGAUCCUGUAAGGACAUACAGCAAUGAUAUCUGCGAAAUUUUCCAGGUUUUGGGAAUUGAAGCAGUACGAAAGUCUGUGGAGAAAGAAAUGAAUGCUGUGUUGCAAUUCUACGGUCUCUACGUGAACUACCGUCAUUUAGCUUUGCUGUGUGACGUAAUGACGGCCAAAGGGCACUUGAUGGCCAUUACACGUCACGGGAUCAAUAGACAGGACACCGGUGCACUCAUGAGGUGUUCCUUUGAGGAAACAGUGGACGUUCUCAUGGAUGCUGCAUCGCAUGCGGAAGUUGAUCCAAUGCGUGGUGUAUCGGAGAAUAUCAUUAUGGGGCAAUUGCCAAAGAUGGGUACAGGAUGUUUUGAUUUGCUCCUGGAUUCGGAUAAAUGCAAACUUGGCGUUGAGAUACCCACAACAAUGGGACCCUCAAUGAUUGGUGGUACUGGGAUGUUCUUUGGGGCUGGUGCAACACCAAGUAUGAGCCCACCGAUGACCCCAUGGCAGCAAUCGGCGACUCCUGGCUAUGGAGAAUGGUCUCCAGCAGGAGUAAGUGGAAUGACACCAGGUGGACCGAGUUUCUCCCCAUCUGGGGCAUCAGAUGUGACGGGAAUGUCACCAAGUUGGUCACCAAACCCGGGAUCACCAGCAUCGCCGGGGAUAACAAUGUCUCCGUACUUUGCACAAUCACCCGGAGCUUCACCGUGUUAUUCGCCAUCAAGUCCCAACUAUGGGGCAUCAUCUCCAAGUGCUGCCUCAUCACCGAAUUAUUCACCAACAAGCCCCAAUUAUUCGCCAACAAGUGCUAUGUAUUCCCCCACGAGUCCACAGUACUCACCAACAAGUCCCAACUACAAUCCUGCCUCACCAAAUUACUCACCAACAAGUCCGAGUUUUUCACCGACAUCCCCAAGCUAUUCACCGGCAAAUAGCAAUUUUGCCAGUCAACAGACGGGAUAUUCUCCUGGAUCCCCGGCAUAUUCAAUCAUGAGCCCGUACUCUCCAACAUCUCCGAGCUAUUCACCCACAUCUCCGGCCUAUUCUCCAGCAUCGCCAUCGUAUUCACCCUCAAGUCCUGGCUAUUCUCCAACAUCUCCCAGCUAUUCACCCACAUCCCCCAGCUAUUCACCAUCCUCACCGAAUUAUACCCCAACAACGCCAUCCUAUUCCCCCUCCUCACCGCAUUUCUCACCCACAUCCCCAAGCUAUAGUCCUUCAUCCCCAAAAUAUUCUCCAACAUCCCCAUCGUAUUCUCCCACGUCACCAUCCUACUCCCCAGCGAGUCCUUCGUACGGUGGGAGUCCACAAUAUACACCUGGCUCACCGCAGUACUCCCCGACGUCACCCAAAUAUUCCCCAACAUCGCCAUCAUACUCCCCGUCGUCGCCGCAGCACUCUCCAGGGAGUCGAUACAGUCCCAGCUCCCCGAAUUAUUCCCCAACAAGUCCAAGAUAUUCACCCAAUAUCAGCACAUAUUCACCAAGCAGCACCAAGUACUCCCCAACAAGUCCCGCCUUCACACCUUCAUCACCCACUUCACCCACAUAUUCCCCAUCGUCACCGGCUUACUCGCCAACGGCACCGCAGGGCUACAGUCCCACAAGUCCAACGUACUCCCCCAGCAGUCCCUCCUUUGAGGAACAGGAUGACUAAUAAGAUGAUGAAUAAAUUGGUGGCCGUGUCUGGUCAACACAAGCAUUUGCGCAUAAUGCAAAGGAUAAGCGCAAUUAUCCUUCGCUGUACUUUGCAGAUUUUUAUUAUUUGUAUUCCAUACUUACUAUAUAAUAUAAAUUGAAUAUUCUUCAAUAAAGAAUUUUGUGAGUUAUUUGGCAAUAAA